AUCAUCACUUCUUGCGGUGUAAUCCUACAGUGGAUUCUUCUACCUUCACUCCUCAAGUACAAAAUAUGAAGUUCACACUAGAAAAAGUUCAAGAAAUGUUGCAAGCUAUGUGGGGGUUUCCAUUUGAAUUCUCACAACCAUUGGUGACAACUAGAGAUGAUUCUUAUGGGUUCGAUUGGAAUGCAACGUUAAUGGCUUGGGGAAAGAGAUUGAAGGGCAUGACAUCUUCUCAAAGAAUCAACUUUGUGGCAUUGGGAUUUUAUGGCAUGGUGAUCUUCCCUAUUUAUGUCAAGACCAUUGCACCUAUGGUGGUAGCUUUGUUUGAGCAAUUGUUGUACACUUUGGCAUUUAAUCCUACUUCUAUAGUGGUAGCUGAAACUUUGUGGUCUAUGAAAGAAAUCUGGACUAAAAGAUCUGGCCGCUUCUCGGGUUGCAUUGAGUUAUUCGCUGCAUGGGCACAUGGUCACUUGAGAGUAGCAACUGUUAAUGAUGUCGGAUUUAUUCUCCCGACUUGGAAUGCUACUCAUUAUCUUGCUCCACCCGAAAGACAUCACUCUAUUCCUUUGUUGGGUAUUCAUGGAAGAGUUACAUAUUCAAUGGAGUUGGCAUCUCGUCAAUUUGGAAAAACACAAAGCGUUCCCUAUCUUGAUAACGCAUUGCAGUCACACUUUGAUUCCAUGUCUUCCCCAGCAAUUGUAUCCGAAGCACAUGAGGUGUGGGAGAAAUGUAGGAUGCUACCUAUAUGGAAAGAGAAUGGGACUAGACCACAAUAUGGGCAAUGGAGAUCGAGUUGGAUAGCUAAGCUUUCUUUGCCAUGGGAGGUGACAAAUACGAAAAACUCUACCAUCAUGGACUUAACCACUAAGUUGGAACUUAGCCAUGCUCAAAGAUGUCAGUUGCUACAGAAGUAUGAUGAGUUAGCUCUUGAUCAUGAAUUGCUUAAAAAACGAAAGGAGUUGUCCGAUCAACAAGUGGCAGGGUUGAAAGACAAGAUUGCCUCUUUAGAAAGGGAUUUGGCUGCUAAUAAGGAAAUUUGUGGGAAGCAAAAGAGGAGCUUGGAGUUUGCUAAAGAACAACGGAAAAAGCUGCUACAAGUCAAGGCAGAUUUUAAGGCAAAAGAAAAGGAGAACAAAGAGCUUGUGGAGAAAGUGAUUAACCAACAAGAGUUAAAAGGAAAACUGCCGGGUUCUCCGGCUGCUCAAGCCCGAUGGAGCAGGCCUGUUCCCUGCUCCGAUGACCCCAUGAGGUCUCACGGCUCCUUGCUCCCUCACGCAAAUCUACCGAGCUACACGCUGGAAUUCCCAGAUCUGGCGGUCGUCGCCCAGAUCUGGUCUUCGCCUGUUCAUCUUGGUUCUUCGCGAAACCUAGACGGGUUCUGCGAGGAACCCAACCCAGUGUUGGGUGGCGGAACCUAACCCGGUGCUAGGUUUCUUGAGGAACCCAGUUCCUUGAGGAACUUAGUUUUGGGUUCCUGGGUUUCGUGAGGAACCCAAAUCUGGGUUUCGUGAAGAACCCAAUUCUGGGUUCUUGGGUUCCUCGAAGAACGUAGGUUUUAGGUUUCGCUCUGUUUUUCUUGCUCUGUUUCUUUGGCUUCUUGCUUUGUUUAGUUGCUCUGUUUUUCUUGCUCUGUUUCUUUGGUUUCGAAUCGAGCCUUAAAAAGGGAAAUGACAGAGAAACAAAGACAAAGAACACUG